GUUUUUUGUUUUUAUUUGGAUUUGAGAUAAACUUUUUAUUUUCAUAAUUUGACUUGACGUAUGGAAAAUUCAUUGUUUUAUUAUUUUUUAUUUUUUUUUUUUUUGAUAAAUAAAACCAUUUUCGUUACGUAAUUGAAAAAAGAGGUGAUUUUAAAAACUUUCCAGCAUCAGAAAAUAAAAAAAAAAUGUUGGGAAACAGAGAAUCAUUGUGCGUUAACACAAUAAAACCUUCAGCUCUACACCGCGCGGUUAAAAAUUCUGACCUGAAAGUAGUAAAUGACCUGCUACAAGACCCAGAAAUUGACAUAAACAAGAACGUCUACUACUGGGAUACAGCUCUACAUCUGGCAGUUCGUGAUAGUAACUUGGCUUUAAUAACAAAACUCCUUGAUCAUGGCGCAAACAUAGACAUUCUUUCUUUCGCGGAAGGUUACACUCCUCUUCACAUCGCCGUGAUUAACAAAAAUUCUUCCAUCGUCGAAUUAUUAUUAAUCCGUGGUGCCAACAUUAACGCUGUAUCAACAAAUUUUAUGAACAAAUACUGGACUCCUCUUCAUUUUGCAAUUUCUCAAAACAAUUAUCCAUUAAUCGAACUGUUAUUGAAGUAUAACGCCGAUAUUAAUGGAAUUCACUAUAAAAACUCAAUAAUAAUUGACGCUGAUGAUUUUGAUGCUGGUAAAAAUAAUUCACAAUUUUAUUAUUAUAAAACUCCAUUACAUAUUGCCAUCGAGUGUCGUAAAAUUCCAACAGUAAAAUAUUUAUUAAAUUUAAGUAACAUAAAUAUUAAUUCAGUUGACAGUAAUUAUGCUAAAAAAUACGCGUCUUUAUUGUACGAGGCUCUGAAAGUUGAAUCAUCUGAAAUUGUUAAAUUAUUAAUAGACGGAGAAAUUAAUAUUAAUGCCGUUAAUGAAGCUAAUCAAACGGUACUGGAUUGCAUUAAUCAUAUGGAUAAUCUUAAUUUAUAUAAUAGAAAUCGUAAUGAAGAUAUUAAUGGAUGUAUGGAAAUUGUUAAGCAGCAUCUUGUUAAAUUACAUGUUAUAAAUUAUUAUCUGAUUAAUCAAAAUUUAAAUCUCAUCUCAGAUCAUUAUUUUGACUCAUACCGCACUAAAUGUUUACAAGAAAUUAAAAUUAUGAAAAAAAUAAUUAUUGAUAAGAGUAAUCUAACUUAUUAUGGAGUUUUAUACAAAACAGAAAUUGCUCUGGCGGUUUAUGUAAGAAAUAUUGAUCAAGGUGUAAUUGAUUAUGAUGAAUUGGUUAAAAGACUGCCGAUUUAUGGGGGAAUUGUUUAUUUUAGAUUAAAAAAGGUGCUAAAGAGGUGCAGGCUAUUAGACAAGACGGAAAAAAUUAUUUUCAAAACUUUUAAUCAGCUACCAGAUACUUUUAUCAGAGAUAUAUUUUUAUAUUUAACUAAUGAUGAUUUGAUUAAAUUAAUAGAUUGAUUUUUUAAUUAUUAAUAGGUUUUAGUUUUUUAAAUAUUGAAAGAGGGAUCAGCGACUAUAGGAUUUGUGAGGUAAUUUGCUGGAGUUCAAAUACCCACAUCGAUAUUUAUAGAGUUGAUAAUAAAUUAAUUAAUAAUUAAUCAUGAUAUUAACAACUUUUAUCAUGAUAAAUUAGGUCUAGUGAUUAUUUUUUAGAAAAAUUAUUUUUUUAAUAGUUAAUUGUGAUAUUUUUUCUUUUUUUUUAAACAUGAUCAGUUUUGAAUUUGUGAUAAAAUUUCCUUCUAUUUAAAGUACCUAACUCGACAAUUAAUGAAAUCCAAGGUGGUGAUAAUGUUUAUAAUUAAUUUAAUUGAUUAAUUUAUAACUUAAUUAUAAUAUAUAUUGUUGUAAGUAUUCAUUGUACAGAAAAUUCU